UCACUUCCACACACACACACACACACACACACACACUCAGUCGUCUCAGUCAUGUAAGUCGCUCAAGUCAGAGCUCCUUCCUGUUUUUCACUAGUUCCGUUUUCUCUCUCGUGCCGUGCUUUCGUAUGUCUGGCUGAAAAGGAAGUCCAGAAACAAGCUUGUUUUGGAAGGGAGGGAGAGAGGAACCACGAGGAGAUCUUUACUAGGACUUUCGGGAGGAGUUUUUUUUUUUUUUUUUUGCUGGUGUUGUGAAGUUUGCCCCAGGGGUGUCUCCCUGCAGCCAUGCGGGCUGCGAGGGGUGUUGUUAGGGUCGAAGGGAGCAUUGUUGGGAGGAAGCUCUGUGUGUGAGUGAAAGAGCUCCAACUGGAUAAACCACAUUCCCUCUGAUGGAAUUUAAAGUACAGCCGCACUAGGAAACCGUCGAGGAAUAAAUGUCACGUCCGUGCGGGAAGGUAGAAGACGCAGGCUUGAGGGAACAUGGAAUCACUGAGAGACUCCUUUCUUCAUUUGACUUUUCAGAUGUCUUCGUAUAAGAGGGCCACGCUGGACGAGGAGGACCUGGUGGACUCCGCCGGCGACGAUAUUUACCCGUCGUCGCCCAUGCAGGUGACUCUCCUGCAUGGCCGCGGCCCCUCGUGCUGGUCAGGACGGACGCACAGAGAGCAACGGCUGCUGUUUCUGGUGUGUCUCUUAUCCUUGGGCCUGUUCAUAUCCGUCAUCACAACUGGGGUCUUCUACAGCCAGUCUCACCCGGGCUUGUGCCUUACAGAGCCGUGCAUUACUGUGGCCAGCGCGGUCAUGGGAGCCCUGGACCGGAGCGUGGACCCCUGCCACGACUUCUACAACUUCGCUUGUGGGGGUUGGGUGAAGAAGAACCCCCUCCCCGAGGGGAAGUCCCGCUGGGGUCCUUUCAGUAACCUGUGGGAGCACAACAUGCUUGCAAUGAAGCACUUAUUAGAAAACACAACAAUGAAAGGUUUGAGUAUGGCUGAGGAAAAGGCCCAGCGAUACUAUCAGGCCUGCAUGAAUGAGACCAAGAUUGAGGAAUUAGGUGCUAAGCCACUACAGCAGCUAAUCAGCCAGAUAGGGGGAUGGUCUCUGAAUGGACCGUGGGACAAGGACAACUUCCAAGAAGUUCUGCGAACUGUGUCUGCCAGCUUACGCACAUCGCCGUUCUUCACCGUGUUUGUCAGCACGGACUCCAAAAAUUCGAACAGCAACAUCAUCCAGGUGGAUCAGUCCAGCCUGGGACUACCUUCACGGGAUUACUACCUCAACAAAACUGCAAAUGAAAAGUAUCUGACGGCAUACAUGGACUUCCUGGUGGAGUUAGGAGUCCUCCUGGGCGGCUCCAAGGAGACGUCCCGCGCCAUGAUGGAAGAGAUUGUGGACUUUGAAACCACCCUGGCCAACAUCACAGUCCCUCUGGAGGAGAGAAGGGACGAGGAGCUCAUUUACCAUAAAAUGGAGGCCAAGGACCUGGCAACCCUGGCUCCAGCGGUGGACUGGAUGCCAUUCCUCACAGAGGUGUUCGCUCCCGUCCCGCUCAACGACUCAGAGCCGGUGGUUGUUUAUGCCAAAGAAUACCUCCAGAAAGUUUCUGACCUCAUUACUAAAACAAACAAAAGCUUACUCAACAACUACAUGAUGAUGAAGGUGGUGAGAAAGAUGGUUUCCAUUUUGGACCAAAAGUUCCAGGACGCCGAGCAGCGCUUCCUCGAAGUCAUGUCUGGAACCAAGAAGAGCUGCACCCCUCGCUGGAAGCUGUGCGUCAGCGACACAGACAGCGCCCUGGGCUUCGCCCUCGGAGCCAUGUUCGUCAAAGCCACGUUCCCGGAGGACAGCAAAGCCAUUGCUGAAGACAUGGUUGCGGAUAUAAAAUGGGCAUUUGAGGACAGCCUGAAAUACGUGAAGUGGAUGGACUCGGAGACAAAAAAAGCGGCGAAAGAAAAAGCAGAUGCGAUAUACAACAUGGUGGGGUAUCCAGAGUUCAUUAUGAACGCUACAAAGCUGGAUAAAGUGUUCAAUGAUUUCAUGGUGGUGUCGGACCUCUACUUCCAAAAUGUCAUGCAGUACUACAACUUCUCAUGCAGAGUGACUGCAGACCAGCUGAGGAAAACUCCCAACAGAAACCAGUGGAGCAUGACCCCCCCGACCGUUAAUGCCUAUUACAACCCAACCAAGAACGAGAUGGUGCUGCCAGCUGGAAUCCUUCAGGCUCCGUUCUAUAGUCGCUCCUGGCCCAAAGCCCUUAACUUUGGUGGAAUUGGAGUCGUCAUGGGCCAUGAACUGACCCAUGCUUUUGAUGACCAAGGAAGAGAAUACGACAAAGAUGGAAACUUGCGGCCCUGGUGGAAGAACUCUUCUGUGGAGGCCUUCAAGAAGCAGACCCAGUGCAUGGUGGAGCAGUAUGGAAACUACAGCAUCAACCAGGAGCCUCUGAAUGGAAAGCACACUCUGGGAGAGAACAUCGCCGACAAUGGAGGACUCAAGGCUGCUUACAAGGCUUAUGUGAACUGGAUCGAAAAGAACGGCGAGGAGGCCACGCUGCCUGCCCUGGGAAUGACCAACCAUCAGCUGUUUUUUGUCGGAUUUGCUCAGGUAUGGUGCUCUGUCAGGACACCUGAGAGCUCACACGAGGGUAUAAUCACAGAUCCUCACAGUCCGUCAAGGUUUAGAGUCAUCGGCUCUGUCUCCAAUUCUCAUGAAUUCUCAAAGCACUUUGGCUGCAAACCAGAUGCUCUUAUGAACCCUAAACACAAGUGCGAGCUGUGGUGAUGCCUCAUUGUUCUGUGCUAUUUUUCAGCCAAGACUGAAAUGGACAUUUGGGGAAAAUAGCUUGAAAUGUGGACAAAGUCUCUGCACGGGAAUGCAAGAACCACUGAAACUCUUACUGCCUUGCUACUUAAUGCUCGUCAGGACAAAAUGUGCCUGUUCUGAAUGGAGGGUUGCAAUCUUUUAGUGCUUCUCCACAAGGACUGUUGGUUUAGCAGACCGCUUUUCCCAAACUCACAAUUUACAAUGUAGCUAUGAAUGUGGCUUUUGAACACUGGAAAUCCAGCGGACGCUUACAAAAAAUGGGAGAACCACUCUCAAAUUAAAUUUGUUGUUUUUUUUUCCUUGUUACCUUCCACUGUGCUUGGAUCUGCUUAACUUUAAUUGUAUUUUAUUUAUAGUCAGAUUUUUAUAUGCAACAGUGAUCCAUCUGGGACCUGCAAGGUUGUAUGAGACAGAAAGGUGGUUCUACUAUGGAUGAUUUAAAAGCUGGCAUAAAUAUGUUUUAAUAGCACACAGACUGUUUUUUUGUUUUUCUUUGAAAUGCUGCAAUAUUUUUAAAAAGAUUAAUGGUCAAACUGUGUCAUUCAGAACCUGGGCAUGUAGGCUAAGCCAAUAUGUGCCAUACCUGUUUUUACAAGUGUGUUUGUCACAAAUUAUUUUGUAUAGUAAAACCAAUCUUAAAACA